GAGGCGUAAGCCUGUACGUAUACUACAGCUGCGGCGACCCAUCGCAUCUCGGAUAAACUCUUGCGUGUUACACCAUUUUUAUCAAUAAAACAACUCGGUUUAAAGACGCGUAAACGCAGUGAAUAACGUGCAUAAGUUCAAGAGCAUUCAAACGAUUACAUAUCAUAGAUAUUUCUCCGUUCUCGAGUGUUACUGAAUCGAUCCAAAGACGAACGAAAUGGAGCUAGCGAGAAAUUUUUGGAGCAAAUCUUUGUUCGCGUACAAAUCCAGUGUUCGAUCGUCGUUUAAAAAUAGUUUAAACAAAUUCUCUUCCUCUCCUGAGACUCACACAACACCUAAAGUAGCUGAUUUAGAAGAUAAAAUAACAGAUGAAAAGAUUCACAAUGCAUUGGGUGCAACAAAUGAGUUAACUUGCUAUUUAGGUUUAGCAAGAGAGUUUGCCAAUGAAAGUAAAGAAGAGCACCCUUAUAAAGACAAAUUGAAAAGAGUUCAAAUGAUUCUUUUUGACUUACACUACUCAAUUUUGAGAUCUACACCUGGUGAGAAAAAAUUGUUUGAGAAUCGUCAUACAAAAGAUCUUGAAGAAUGGAUUCAAGAAUACUCAAAACAACUUCCACCUCCUGAAGAUUAUAUUGUUCCAGGAGGUGGUAAAGCUUGUGCAUCAUUGCAUAUCGCAAGAUCAAUCUGUAAAAGAGCAGAACACAGCGUAAUACCUUUGGUAAACAAUGGUAUUUUAGAUAAAAAAGCCCAAGAUUACUUAAAGUGUUUAGCAGAAUUUCUUUUAACUACAUCUCGAAUUGCUGCUAAAUGUGACAAACGAACAGAAAAUAUUUAUAUACCUAGUGCAGAAGUUACUAAAGAAAAGUAAUUCAAUUAUUAUAAAAGAUUUCAUUGUGCUAUUAAUUUUUCAAUUGUAACGAUUAUUGUUGUCAAUUUGAGUUUGUCAAAUGACUAUUUUUGGUGCAAUGAAAUAGCAAAGAAAUUGUUAGUCAUUAGUUUUUCAUAAAUUGCACUUACAGUGCACUUAGAACUAAAAAAAGAUUGUAAAUAUGGACAAUGGAUGAUUCUCAGUACUUUUUAUUAUUUAUCAUAUGUGCAAGACUUAUAUAUCACUGACGAUUUAUAAACAUUAAUCUGUACAUGUAUAUUUUUUGUAAGUAAAUGUUAAUUUAAUGUAAA